AUGUCCAACAAUAACUUGACAGGUGGGRUUCCACCAUCCAUCGGCAAUCUCACUUCCCUCGAACAACUCGAUCUUAGUGUUUGUCCGUUGGGAGGAAGCAUUCCAGUUUUCUUCAAUGGUCUGAACAACUUGCAACUAUUAGGCCUUGGAGGAAGUGGCCUUGUUGGAUCCUUUCCAUUGUUCCUAUUUAACCUUUCCAAGUUAGAACAUCUAUACUUUCCCAAUAAUCAACUUCUUGGCCGUUUACCCUCGAACUUGUGUUCAAGUCAGCCACAUCUCCAGACACUAGAAUUUGAGUUCAAUCACUUCGGUGGAAUCCUUCCACCCUGGAUAUCAAAUUGUUCAGAGUUGGAAACGUUGGAUGUUUCUAAUAACGAUUUCGAGGGGGAAAUAGAUAUUGAUUUUGGAAAACUCCGAUAUCUUAGUUGGUUAUCGAUUGGUCUAAAUAGUUUUGAAACCGGGCGUCUAGGUGGCAUGAAGUAUUUUGAUUCUUUGUCCAAUUGCAGCAAUUUGGAAUUAAUGCAAAUUGGGGCAGUCAAAUUAAGAAGGGAGCUACCGAAUUCUUUUGGGAACUUAACCAAGCUGAAUACUCUAAGACUUCAAUCAAGCUAUAUCUCAGGCARCCUCCCUUCAUCCAUAGGCAAUUUSGUUAGCCUAACUGGACUUUAUCUAGUGGGUAAUAACUUCACAGGUAUGAUUCCUGAAAGCAUUGGCAAGCUUGGAAGCUUGGAAGAACUGCAACUAGAAACUAACAGUUUCUCUGGAAUCAUUCCUCCGUCUAUUGGAAACCUGUCAUCUUUAAUCAAAGUGUAUUUAGGUAGAAACAAAUUGGAAGGCACUAUACCCUCGACUAUUGGGAACUGCAAAAAGUUGCUAUUUGUAUCAAUUUACGAAAAUAGCCUUGAAGGGAGUGUACCCAAAGAACUAUUCCAACUCUCUUCACUUUCAAUCAUACUAGAUCUGGGUUCAAACAAUUUGUYUGGAGUGCUUCCACAAGAGAUAGGCAACCUGAAAAACUUAGGGUCACUUGAUUUGUCUGAUAAUUAUUUAUUGGGUGAACUUCCAAGUGCARUUAGCAGUUGCAUCAGCCUUGAAAUCUUAGAAAUUUCAGGCAAUUUAUUUCAUKGAUCAAUGCCAGUAUCAUUGAGUUCUUUGAGAGGCCUCCAAUAUGUUGAUGUGUCAGGAAAUAACUUUUCUGGACAUAUUCCAACAUAUUUGCAAGAAAUUCCUUUGAAGCAGCUUGAUCUUUCAGGUAAUAAUUUUGAAGGAGAAGUGUCUGUUAAAGGUGUCUUUGCCAACACAAGUGCWAUUUCAAACUAA